AUGGAGGGAAGCGUGAGCGAGAGCUAUGCGGUUUUCGAAUCACUGAAUUUGAAUCCUCAACUCUUCUUUAACCAAAUUUUCAACACUGUCGAUGAUUUCUUCCUUGAAUUUGUUGAUUUCAUCUUCCAGGAAGCUUCUACCAAGCUCAACGUCGUCGAAGAUGCCCAAAGGUCUCAACAUCUCAAACAGGGUUUUGAUCGCUUUCUGCACAAUAUUCAAUCUGAUUUUGAUAGAAAGCUUGCUGUUUGGGAAGAUUACUGCCGUUAUCACUGUUUUUCACUUCCCCAAGGGUUUCACAUGCCAAAUACUCUCACCGAUGAAUUGAGUGGGAAUGACAUUGAUCUUGUAGCUUCUUCGGAUCAAGAAUUGGAUGCUGAGUUAGAAUCAUUGAGGAAAAAACUAGCUGAGGUGGGGAAAGAAUCGGAAAUGCUAAAUCAAGAAAUUCAGGCAUUCCCGAAGCACUCUACUCUCAAUGCUCUGCAUAUCAAUGAGACUGUUCAAUUAUUUGAGCAAAACUCUGAGUUGUUUCAGGAGAUGUUGACAACUGCCUCAGAACUUCGAUCGAUGAUUGGAAAGGUAGACAUGAUUGAAGAGACCCAAGAAAUGUACGCAAAAAGCAUCGAUAGCAAUAAAAUGGACACUUCUGCUAAAGGUCUCUCAAAUAUGGAAUUAGAAGAUCUUCAACGAUUUGUAACCCAGUUGGAGUGA